UGAGAGCGCUGCCGCCACCGACGCGCACCGAUCUCAAUCUCGGAGGUGGAUGGUCGUCUCCGCUGCCCCGGGUCUGCUGCGACCUCCAUGUCUGCAGAAGCCCCUCCAAUCUAUGAGCCUGUUGACGAAUCGAACCUCUCCAGUGACACCGGGGAGAUCUACCUCUUCCAAUGGCUUGCGUCUACCGAGAAAGCGGUCCGGCAGGCUAGCACGGAGGACUUGAAGGCAACUCAGACCGACCUUGAAGAGACCCUUGUCAAGAUUGUUUCCGCGCCGGAACCGUACCCGCCUCCAGGUCGUCCUGUCCGAAGCAUUGUCGCGAAAUGCCUCGUUGCCUUGUACAUGAGGGGAGAAACGAAGACCUUGUAUGACACGAUCCAAUCAUUUCUGAAGAUCAUCGGAGAGCCGAAGGGCGUGGGGAAGGACUCGAGCAAGAUCGCAGCAAUGUAUUGCGUCGCAGAAUUAAUGGGCAUGUUUGGCAGCCAGGUCAUGUCCCUUGUGGUGGAAAUCGUCACCACGUGUUUGAAGCUCUACCGCACAUCCUCUACGCCGAUUAUACUCAGGUACCAUUCACUUGUUGCUCUUGAGAAGACCUUGUCAACAGCGAAGCGAGCCGUCACCGACGCGCUCGUGAAGGACAUCAUCAAGCAAAUGAAGUACGCGCUCAGUGACAAGGCGCUGCCCAUCCAGCGUGCUGCAUGCAACGUUUUGGUUCUCAUGUACCCAGCAGAUGACAGCACACGCCUAGUAACGGACGUCGACUCGCUCGUCGUGUCAUGUACGAAGAGCCUGGAGGGCGCCGACCAACUCACACGGUGCUCGCUCGCCAAGCUCGUCGCGCACAUCCUCGCAGCCACCCAAGUGCAGCGGGUGGUCCCCGCCGCGGAGCCGCCAAAGAAGGCCAAGAAGGGGCAGAACCCGAACGAGGACGAGGAGGACGCGAUGCCGGGCAUGCACGUGCAGGCGGAGGAGGCGAAGCCGGUCAUGACCCCGCAGGAGAUGCUUGCUCAGCUCUCGAGUCAGUUCAACAAGCCGCAGGCGAGCAAGAAGACGCGCGUGGGGAUAUUCGACUUCUAUGCAGCGCUGUUCGCACACCUGGAGAGCGCGUGGCUGGAGGCGAACUAUGGACUGUUCGUGGGCCAUUUGAUGACCGAGAUCGUGGCAAACCCGAGGAACUCGACUACGAGAUACGAGACUCUGCUGGUCAGGGCGCUCGUGGAGGUGCUGUUGAGAGACCUUGUGGGUGUGAGGAUGCUCGGGGAGCAGGCACAGAUCAGCGCGAUCCAGGAGCUGUCGACGGUAUACUUGAAGCGGUGGCCUGCGUUGAUGCCAGGCCAGACCGCGCCGAAUCCGCUUUGCCUCGUCGUUGCGCUUAGAGAGGUCGCGGGGCUCCUGCAGCAACUGGGCAAUGCGCCGCCACCUGUACAGGAUGCUCUCGUAGAGCCAUUGCAGACGCUUCUAGGACACCCGAACCAUACCAUCCGUGUCAACGCGUCAUGGGCCCUCCGAUGCUUCUGCUACUCCACUCCUCUCCGCCUACCGAAGGUUCUGCUCAGCGUAGUCGAAAUGUUGCAGCGGGACCUCACCACCCUCACCACGCCUGCUGCACCAGCGGACAUCACUAACCGAACACUCGGACACGCAUACGGGCUUGCAGCGCUCCUAGCUGUCAUCCCCGAGCGUCCGCUCUACGUCAGCUACGACAUCAGCGCGAAGGUCUUCGACAUGGCGGUCCAGCUCCUCAAGCGCGCGGGCGAGCACGAGGUGAGGGUGGCGAGGACGGAGGUCGAGGUUGCCUGGACGUGCAUCGCGGCACUGAUGGCGCUGGGUCCGAACUUCGUGCGCGCGCACCUCCCGCAGCUCCUCGUCCUCUGGCGAAACGCCCUCCCGAAGCCAACCAGCAAGGACGCGCAGACCGGGCGGAGCCCCGCAGAGUGGAUGUUCCUCCUGCACCUCCGCGAGAGUGCGCUGGGCGCCGUCUACUGCUUCCUGAAGUACAAUUCGCCUGCGCUUGUCACCCCGGACGUGACGCGGCGCGUCGCGUCGAUGCUCAGCAACUCGCUUUCGUUCGCGAACACGUUCACCUCGCGUCGCAUCGAUGACAACCCUGAGGCGCCCCCGCCCGAGUCGAAGGAGCUCUCGCUCGAGAGCCGCGAGGCCCUCCUCCGUACGCGGAUCUUCCUGUGUUUCUCGCUGAUUGGCCAUUCAGGCGCGACGGAGUCAAUACAGUCGAGUUUGCUCCAGUCGGCGAUAUCGUUGUUCGCGAGCCCGGAGGGAUAUGCGGGAUCCCCGUUGCAGGCGGCGAUCGCCUCCUCGACUGGGUCGUUCACUUCUAUCUGGCAGAGCACGGAUGGGUACGCGUACGGCGUGUCUGAUGUCGAGAUUGAGGAGAGACCCAGGCCGUGGAUGAACCGGGAUAGUGUCGAAGUGUCUAUCGAGGAGCUGACCCAAAAACCGAUCCUCAGAUCUUGCUCCCAUGACCCCUUGUUCCUUUGCCAGCGAAUAUCGCCCGACGUCGCGAAUCAGUGGCCCGAGCCGCCACCUCCCGCGACCGCAGCCGUGAAUGCCGCCGUACAGCUGUUCGCCCAGCUGCUGCCUCUGCAGGACCUUUCCGUUGCAGUUCGCUCCUUGACACAACUGGUCGAAUCUACUGGGUCACCGAAGCUCGAGAAGAACUCCGGACGUAAAGCGGCCGUAUCCGUCAACGCCAUACUAGCACUGGUCCUCGCACUCAGACAAGUCAAUAGUGCACGAUCGCGCCAGGUACUGGGUAGUCCGCAGGUUACAUCUCUUCUUGCUCCUCUAUUGAAGGACGUCCUCGUGGACGGUGACUUGUUGCUGCGCAAAGGGAGUGCUGAAGCUAUCGGCCGCCUGGCCAAUAUCGCAGGCACCAACUUCCUGACGAAUCAGGCGAAGACUCUGGUGGAUCAAGUCGUCAGCAACCGAGAUCCUCAUGGGCGUGCCGGAUGUGCACUCGCUUUCGGAGAGAUCCAUGCGCAUGUGGGUGGGAUGGCGGCCGGUCCCCUCCUGAAGACCACCGUUCACGUCCUCAUGUCCUUAAUCAACGAUCCUCAUCCCGUCGUCCACUUCUGGGCGCUCACAGCACUCGCGCGCGUCAUCGAUGCUGCUAGUCUGGCCUAUGCACCUUUCGUCCCGAGUACGCUGGGUCUACUCUUUAAGGUGUACAUGAUGGAAACGCAUGAACCGGAGGGCGGCGCGCUCAACCAAGCUAACCUCAGCGGUGACCUUCCUGCAUAUCAGGUCGUUUGCCAGAAUAUCGACGCAGUGAUCACUGUGCUUGGGCCUGAUAUCCAGGACUCGGCUCGCUCUCGCACUCUGGUCCUUGAUCUUGUUCAUCAAUUCAUAAGCGAAGAUGACGAUGGCAUUUGCGUGGAAGCUAUCAGUUGUAUCCAGCACUUCCUCAUGUUUGCGCCCGACUCUGUCAAUGUACCGGACCUGGUGGACCGCUUCAGAGGGUACCUGUCUUCAUCGCGUCGGCCUCUCAAGCUUGCCUCGAUCAACGCACUCUAUCAGCUCGUGCAAAAGGACGCCUUCGCCAUGUCAAGGCUUGGGGGUGAUCAGCUUGUCGAGGAGUUGUUCGCUAUGCUCGACGACGACUCAUCCGUGGACGGUGUACGCAACGUCAUCACAAGCUGGCUUCAGCAGACCGUCGUUCACAAUCCAUCCGCUUGGAUCGAUCUGUGUCAACGCAUCAUGUCUCGUACGACCGCUUCGCAGCAGAUAACUGACGCGGCCGCCAAGAAGGGUGACUUAUUGGAUGACGAAGGGCAGGCGCUCAGUGUGGGCACGAACCAGGACUCGGGAACCGCUGGUGGUCGCCAAACGUCGCGAUGGAGAACCCAGCUUUUUGCCCUGCAAUGCUUACAUAGCAUCUGCGCGAUCGUUGGUAGCUCGGGACGCAGGGAACAUCUGGACAUCACACUCGCUCGCAGCCAAGGCAUCCCAGUUCGUGGACUGCUAGUGUCGCGUGUACCGGACUUGAUCAAGAUCGCGUUCACUGCUUCAGCUGCUCAAGUCACGGAGAUUCGCCUGGAGGGGCUGACGGUCCUACGCGAUGUUAUAGAGAUCUUUGCCAAGACACCGGAUCCGGAAUAUGAGGAUGCCCUCUUAUUGGAACAGCACCAAGCGCCGAUCACUGCCGCCUUGACACCUGCUUUCUCAUCUGAUUCGACCCCAGAGAUCCUCGCAACAGCCAUUGGAGCCUGCGCUGUGUUUGUAGGUUGCGGUGUAGUGAAGGAUGUCAGCAGAAUGGGCCGCAUACUCAAGCUUCUCACCUCUGCUCUGGAGCAGUCGAAAGAGUCUGGAAUGCUGUCGCUCGGUGAGGCCGCUGAGCUCAGUCCCAAUGCUUCUGUCAUGCUGCGGAUUGCAACUUUGUCGGCCUGGGCUGAGUUGCAGGUGGCAAGUCAGAGCCAGAGCUACCUGGUCAACGUUGUGAAACCGUACAGGCCGGCGCUGGCCCCCCUCUGGGUGGCUUGUUUGCGUGACUACGCCAGUGUGCGUGCAGACACAGAGGUUGUCGAAGAAGCUUCUGCUGGCACAAUAGAUUCGUCGUAUACUAGUCUUGGGAAGGAAGUGCUUUUACCAUAUUACGUCGAAUCAUGGCCGGUCAUCCUUCAGGCCAUGGCAACUGCGAUGGAGGAGGACGAAUCCUAUAUUGUGGCCGCCAUGGACGGCCAGGAAGGUGUUAGUACCACUCCAAGACAGGGGUCUGGCGACCCCGUUCGAGAAGAACCGACUGCAUUCUUUUUUGCCGUGUUUGGCUUAGUAUAUGAGGCCCUUUGCACCGCAGUACCCGAUGCAGACAUGGCGGCAAGACGGGUUUGCAGGAUUGCACUGCAGGCGCUGAAAUCUCUCAUCUGUCCGAAAUAUUGCGGAAAGGCCUUCACCGACCCCGUUUUGUUCGAAGAACUCGUCAACCUCUUUUAUCGUAUGGCGCUUACGGAGCCGGCAGCUGUGCAAAUGUAUAUGGUGGAGGCAGUCGCAAGUUUGGCUGAAGGCCUGGCCUUGGUGCAGAAUGGCGGUCCAGCAAUGGGUGGCACUUCAAUACAGGAGCUGAUGAGCCUUCCGCAAGUACAUUCCGUGCGGAUAUGUGCUUAUGUGUUGCGGAGAGCUAUUACUGGUCCACGGACCAGUGCAGUGGUCGAUGGUUCGACCCCUCUGGACAAAGUGAAGCUCAUCAACGCGACAUUUGAGGCGUUCAUCAAGAUAUCAUCGUCAUUCGGCAUCUCUCAACGAGAGGAGUUCAGAGCUAUGGGUAUCACGUUGUAUAGUGAACUCUUGAAGGACGAAAGCUCAGAGGUCGACUUGGUCGGGCCUACACUACAAUCACUGAAGAGUCUCCUCGAGAAACCUGCUGAUCUCGUUGACACGGAUGAGAAAUAUGAGAAGGUUAUCCACGGUAUCCUUUCUGCUUGCUUGGUGAAUGUCGAUGAGAUGAGGGGACGGCAAGGAGCGAUCUCUACGAGGAAGAUCAAGACCAACCUUUUGGCUGCUGUGCUCGUAUUGACUGUAAUCCCUCCGAGCGUCAAGGUCGGACGUGCUGUCCUCGACCACUGUUGUUUCUUGCUCUCUCAGAAGCUAUCGGACGCGGACGAGGUCUCGUUGACGGCCGCUCACUGCGCCAAAACGCUCAUUCUCGCGUCCACAUCCGGGAAUGCCGCGCUUCGUCAUUGUGCGAAACACCUUUUGCCUGGCAUGGUGGAAUGUCUGGCCAAGAUCGCUGCAUCUAUAGCAGAUGAUGCUACCGAUUCGCAGCUAGCCAUGGCGGACGAGAUAUUCAAAGCGCUCACUGCGUUGAUUUCAUCAUUACCGGAGGAGCUCCGUUCGCGAGCGCUGGGCAUCCUGAUGCCAGCUAUGAUUCUGCUACUCGAUCCCGCCCGAGUCAUUCCGACCAAGAUGCAUACUCAGAGCGUCAGGCAAUUACUUGCGAUCGCUGCUAUUUCACCAGCUGCGUUCAAGGACGCGACAAGCAAGCUCGAUCAGGAGACGCGCGAUACGUUGGAGACUUCCGUCAGGCAGGCCGUCGGAAAUCGCGGACAAGCAGCAGAUGCUCCCAAACCCCAGAUCUCUUUGCGAUCGUUCUGAGAGGACUGUAUUCGACUGUUGCUCUGGUGUAAUUGCGUAAUUUAUUAUGCUUGGAAUAUCACAUUGUUUCAUUACCAUGAUCCCUACGUGCAAGAGUUGCCACCAAUGGUCAUGCAGAACAACUGACAUCUCGAAGUCGUUCAAUCGUUGCG